AUGUCGUUCUGUCGCAUCACGGGCAAAUGUCGGUCGUUGCCGAAGCCCAACUACUUCCCGAUGCUGCCACCGAUCUCACCGGCGGCAGCGAAGCGCUUCUGUCGCGUGACGGGCAAAUCGUACGGGUUGCCCUCGCAUCACUUCAUCCCGGUGACGCUCGUCAAGCGGCCGGCCGGUGCGGACCGGUGCCGGGUGACGAACGUGUCAGCGGAGCUCGAACCGCACCACUACCAGCCGGGCGCGUACGGUAACCGGCGGCACGAGGUGCUGUGUGCGUUCCGUUACGUGCUGCCCGUGCUGGACGAUAGUGAUGAGGCGCAGCGCAAUCUUACCGCUAUCCUGCAGCAGAAGACGAAACCGCUCGAACAGAGCCUGUACGUGUAUCGGGUGGAUGAGCGCAACUUUGGGCUGGUGUUUCCGGCCCGCCUAGAGGCGGCCGUCCGCGACGGCGACGUGCGGGAUGUCAUGCUGGCGAAGGAGUCCGACAAGCUGCUGAUCAAGCUGCGCAAGGGUAACAGUGUGAGCGUUCCGCUGCAGAGCUUCGAGCACGCGACGCUCGAAGCGGGUGGCGCACUGUAUGAGGGCGAGGGCCCGCGCGAGGAGGUGAUCAAGCGGAGGGAGAAAGAGGACGCGAAGCGUCCGAAACCGAAACCGAAGUCGAACCUCUCCAGCAUAGCGAACAUCUUCGAGAGCAAGGAGCGCGUCGAGGAGGAACAGAUCGAGCAGGAGCAGCGCUUCAUCGAGGAGCACCGCGAGAAGGCGGUUCGGCUCGCUGCGGAACGCCGCGAACGCCAGCGGGCGGAGAAGCUGCAGGCACUCCGGCUAAACGAGCACCUGCUCGAGCAGGACCCGGAGCUGGGCGAUCUCGUAAAGCCGCUCAUCGAAUCGUGGGACUGGAGCACACUCGAGCGCGAAGCAGCGGACCGGAAUGCGGAAAGUGCUGGUGUUCGCAGCACGGUCACUGCCCUACCGAAGCCGCUGAACGUGCUCCCGGUGGUGAUCACCGCCCGGAAGUUGCUGGUGGAUGAAGCCCAGCUCGAGCACUGUUCCGGCCUGGAAGCGGCAUCGUACGUUGGCACCAUCACACCCGCCAAGGUGGAGCUGAGGCCGGAACGGGGAGCGGCAAUCGGUGCACUGACGCCCGAGAUGCUUGGCCAGCUUGCCCAGCUAGAGGAGCGGCUUGGCGCAUCGGCUGAGUUGUUGCCCCAUCUGGACGAUCUCGCAUCCGUCAUGGCGCACCUGAACCAAGCCCAACCGACCGAGGUGGACGGAGUGCCCGGCGUGAAGCUGAUCGUCAACCACCAAUCCGUGUUCGUCCCCGGCCAGAUGGUGCUGGUCGGUGGUAAGCCAACGUUCGUACCGGGUCAAUCACUCCCCAGCGCUGGAAGUGCUUCCGGUGAGCUGGAGUUCAUACCCGGUGUCACCAUCACCGGCCACGACGGUACGAUCCAGUUCAUCCCCGGCGAGGUUACGACGGUCCGGGCAGGCAAGCAACCGUCGGCCACGUUCGUGGCAGGCAAGGCGAUCGCCGGCCAAGGGUUCGUGUGUGGCCAGGUGCUGUCCGUGAACGGUGAGCCACGCUUUGUGCAGGGCCAAACGAUUGUAACCCCCGAGGGUGUGAGCAAAUUCAUCGCCGGUGUUGUGGACGAACGUACCGGACAGUUCGUUCCCGGCCAGCCGAUCGAAACACCGGACGGAUUGCGGUUCGUGCCCGGCCAGACAAUUACCGUGCAGGGCCGGGAACGGUUCAUCCCCGGCCAGAACGUACCGAACCCGGACGGUGGUCCGGGUGAGCUAGUGUUUGUGCCGGGCCAGACGGUUCCAAUCGCUGGUGGUGCUGAUCGGUUUGUGCCGGGUAAAACGAUCGUCACCGCCGAGGGGUCAAGAUUUGUGCCGGGACAGUAUGUCGGCGACGCGUUCGUGCCCGGAAUCGUUGAUGGCGGUGGACGGUUCGUGCCGGGCGUUAACAUCGAAACGAAGGAGGGUUCGAAGUUUGUCGAGGGCCAGAUCGUGCACACGAAGCACGGUGAUGUGUUUAUGCCCGGCACUACGACGAUCGGACCGGCCGGUGAAGUGUCGUUCGCGCUGGCUUCCACGAUCGAUGCGGUCCGGUUUAGUGAGCCAACGCCCGUUGGCAUGGUGGUGGAUGGUGAGCGGCUAGCAAUCGAAGAACCGUCGCUGUGCGUGUUUGGCCAUCUCGUGCAGAACGAUGUUGGGGUGGAGUUCUAUCCGGAGCGCAUCGGGCGGGAGCAUCUUCCGGCCGGCAAAGUGGUACCGGGCAAGCUGGUAAAGCAAUUCGCCGAAUCGAAGUUCAUACCCGGCAUCAAGACGGAAGAUGACGGUUUCAUACCGGGCCAGGUGGUGCUCACCGACCGGGGUGAACAGUUCGUCCCCGGCCAGGUGAUUGAAACGUCCGAAGGCAUGAAGUUCGUACCGGGGCAGAUUAUCGAGACGAAGAGCGGGCCCAAGUUCGUGCCCGGCCAGACGAUGGAAACACCGGACGGGCCACGGUUCGUACCGGGCCAGAUCAUCAACACGCGCGUCGGACCAACGUUCAUACCGGGGCAGGUGAUCAGCACCGACGACGACGGCGAAAAGUUCGUCCCGGGUCAAAUCGUCGACACGGAUGAUGGGCCGCGGUUCGUACCGGGUCGCGUAGUGGAGUCGGAGAAUCGCGUCACCUUCAUCCCGGGUCGCAUCGUACAGACGGCGGACGGACCGCGGUUCGUCGCACCGGAUCUGAAGGACAACGAAGAUGGGGAUGAAGAGUUCUCGGUGCAGAGCUUCACCGUGACGCCAGAGGAGUUGAAGCUUCUGAAACCCAGCCAGCCGGCAUACGGUGGAGCCGUUUCCGGUGAGAGCACGCUUGUGGUUAGCCUCGAUCUAACGAUCCUGCAGAGCCUUGCGCAGUCGGGAAUGCCCAUCGGACGUCAGGUGGAAGCUUCCGCCGUGGAUUACGUGCUCGAGAGCACGAAAGAACGCAAAGCGUUGCAGCAAUUCCUGGCCGAGAAUAGCCUGCCGGGUGCGAAGCUGGACGUGUUGGAGAGUAUCUUUGACAGGUUGAAGCAGGUCUGCCGGAAGGUGGAUCGCGAGUCCCUCCAGUACAGUGAUGCACAUGCACCGAAGGACGAGACGGUGUGCAAUGGAUCGAUCGGCGCUGUGGAAGCCCUCGCAUCCAGCUUGGCCACAAUCCUCAGCGAAGCACAAGCGUCGGACCCUAACGCACCCGAGCGGUCCAUGUACGAGAUGAUAGCGGAAGCGAUCAAGGCAUCCACUGGCGAGUACACGGUGGAGGAACUGCAACACAUCAUUCAGUCACCGGAAGCAGUCGACUAUCUGUUCGGUGCGGUUAACCGUACAAUCGUCAAGAACAACAUCGAUCAAAAGCUACGCACGCUGACGGCACUGAUGGAGGAGGAACCGAUGGGCGAAGACAACGCACCUGGUACGGGAUCGCUCCCAACAGGGGCGAUCGAAGAGUUCUGUCAGCUGCUCGAUAAUAGUGGCAUGUCCGAAGCGUUCGUAAAUCUGCUCAAAAAAGACGAGAACCUGUUCAAAUCGAUCGUGACCAGCCUGAAGAGUUCCGGCGUGGUGGAGGACAGCGUGAACAUCUCGGAGAUACUGCAAACCGCGCUGGUCGAUAGCAUACAGGAGCGGGCACAGGCGGCACUGGUCGAGCUCGUGGAAGAUCCCCGUUCCCAGGACGCUUUGCGCACGCUGCUCCGUAAGUCGGAGGGACUCGCACACGCCCUUGGACACGCCAAGGAGGCAGAGGCGUUGCAGUAUCUGCUGACCCAUCCGGCAGCGUUGCGUGAUCUCCACAAAGAGGACGAACUGUUCACCAUUAUCAACCGUGUUCUGAUCAUGGAGCAGUUGGCUGAAGAUGACGACGAGUAUCGGGAGCUGAUGGAUGGGCUCGAGCGAACACCAGCGCACGCCACGAAGAGUGACAAGCUGCGGGAACUCAUACGGCAGAGUGGAGCGUUGUCGCAUGCAACCGCCCGGCGCCCCGUCAUUGAGUCGUCCCGCGAUGUACCGCUGUCGCUGUUCUACACCAACAAUCAGCUUGCGAUCGAGGAGUUCUUCCUGAAGAGUGGCCAAAGCCAGCGGCAUCACCACUACCCGAAAGCGUUCCUCAUCAUCAAGCGCGGCAUACAGGCGGUGAUACCGCGCGAGUCGAGCCACGAAGUGUUGGCGGGAAAGAUCGCCUACACCGUGCUGGAUGAGGACGGUAUCCGGCACUUCCAGCCGAUGAAUGUGCUGUCCGCGUUACGCAUCACACCGCGGUUCCUGCACCGGUUCUCGAUGUACAGCUGCGAGGUGCAGGAGGAACCGGACUAUGAAACGCUCAGCAGUAGCGGUAGCAGCAGUCACGAUGCGUUGGAUAAGGUGGACGAGGCGGCCUACUUCUAUCGGCCUCUGUCCCGGAGAGGAUCGCUACGUGUGCCAGCCACCGCACCGCCGGCCAAUGGGGCUGCUCGACAGCUCGAACGGCAGGAAUCGUUUAGCCCUCGGCUGAUAACACGCAAGCUGCCACCGAUAAACGGGUACCAUCCGGUAGGUUCGUUGCCACCGCUGCAACCACUCUACCAACCGUUACACACCUUCCCCACCGUCAUCACCCAUCACCAGCAUCUGCAGCAGCAUGUACCUUCCCGACAGCAUCAGCACCAACACCAGCAUCAGCAUUACCACCCCGCAGCAAAGGCAGACAAUGUUAAGACUCUACCGAUGGCAAUGAGGAUCGCGAUCAAGGCCUCGCUAGCGCAAGGCCGCGAACCAUCGACCUGCUAUCGCUCCAACAGCCGGGACUCGAUCCAUCGAACGUCAUCCCGCACGAGCGUACACGACUGGAGCUGGAAGUGAUACACCGGGAGUGGUGCUUUCGUCACGCUACUCAACUUUAGAUCGCUUUUUUUCUUAAUGAUUAGUUAGCUAGAUGAUAAGAACCAUGCUAAGAAACCGUCCGUGAAGCCGAACUGAUCCUGUAAACGGCAUGAGCGCCCAACACUUGUGGCCAGGUGGCCUCUGUAAACUACUCCGAAUAAAACCGUAUCUGUGUAGAGAA